ACAGCUCGCCACUGCCAGUCACUGUUCAUUGGUCGGUCGGGCCACACUGGCUGCUGCUGCCCCGUCCUACCCACACUGUAACGGUUUACACUGUGCUGUGUCGAUGAUGGAUGCGUGUGUGCUGCAAACCGCAGUCAUGUCUAGCUUGCAAUGGAUGAUGAUGGCCAGAAACAGAGACUUCUUGACGUAAUAGGAGAUCCCCAUGCACUUGAAACCUUCCUAGAAACUCUACCUGGCUCAAGCUUUCCCACUGAUGGUGGUCUCCUCUGGCAGGGCUUAGACUCUCCUCGCUUCGACAAUGUGACCUCCUCCACGGACUCUGGGCUGGUCAGCAGUUGUCUGGACAGCCUCGGUUUAGAUGGCCAGUACUUCGGUCAGGUACGGGGGGGAAACCAUCCCCUCAGCCACUCGCAGGUGCCCCCAUAUGUGCUGCAGCAAGUCCUUCCCUCUCCCACUCUCUCCACGGGGCCGUCAGGAACACCUCACCUGCCACAGCAGCAGCAGCAGCACCAACACCUACAACAGCAACUGGAACAGCAGGACCAGCAACAACAAACACAACAGCAGCAGCAGCAGCAGCAGCGGCAACAACAACAGCAGCAGCAACAACAACAGCAACAACAGCAGCAGCAACAGCAGCAGUCACAGCCACAGCAACCACAGCCACAGCAGCAGCAGCAGCAGCAACAACAACAGCAACAGCAACAACAACAACAACAAGCACAGCAGCACGAGUCACAGCAGCCACAGCAUCAGCAAAUCACACUUCAACAACAGCAAAAUGUAGCACUUCAAGCAGCUGGGGCUCCAAUCGUGACUGGGGCCCCAAGCACAGAUGGAGGAGAAGGAAGUAGGGAGAAUGAACAUCCUACUCUACAACAGUUAUUGGCUUCCUCAGCAACCUUCCCUCCCCAGCAGCAGCAGCAGCAGCAGCAGCAAACCCCUCAGCCCACCACCCAACCCCAUCCUCCCCAGCACACACAGAAUGCCACAUCAGGACACAGCCUCCCUCCGACCAUCCUUACUGCUGGUGCUUCCUGUCAGUCCUCCAUCCAGCAGCCUCCAGCAGCACAUCAGCAAAUUUCUGUGCAGCCUGCUCCCCGUCCUGUCUCUGUUAAGUCCCAGGGAUCUCCAGCAACGAAAAGUGGCCAAAAUGUCCUCCUGAGUACCUCUCAGCCAGUCCCACAGGUUAUAUCCCAAGCUGCAGCUCAGCCUCCCCAACAAAUUAUGUCCAAUGGGGUGCAGCUUGUGGGGGCACCCAACCAAGUGAUCACUUCAGGAGGACAGAUCAUCACAUCUGCUUCUACACAACUGCUACAAGGCACUCAGCUACUACAGACUCCAGGCUCAACACAAGUUCUACCCACAAGUCAGAUAUUACCUGGUGGGCAGGUUUUGCAUAAUGGCCAAGUUAUACAAGGAGGUCAAGUCCUCUCUGGCCCACACAUACUACCUGGAGGCCAGCUGCUGCAGGGUGGCCAGGUUAUCCAGGGAGGGCAGGUGCUGCAGGGAGGGCAGAUCAUUCAAGGAAACCAGGUUAUUAAUAACAGUCAGCUUAUUGCUACCACUGCUCAAAUGGCAACUAGUGGUGGAGUGACAGGACUUGGGGCUGCCUCUGCACCACUACAGGUUGCCCACACUGCACCAACAGUCCAGCAACAGACUCACACAGUUACACUGCAUCAGUCAGUGCAGCCUCCUACUCCUGCCUCUCCAUUUUCUGUGCUUAAUAAGUCUCCUGGAGCAGUAUUGCCUCGCACAUCACCGAGUCCCUCCCCCUACCACCCCACCACCCCCUCACCUCACCCAGCUGUCCAGAGUCCUGCUCCUUAUACAACACGCUCUCCUGCACCUUCUCCCCAUAGUAAUGUAAGUGCCAUGAGAUCACCUGCUCCUCCUACUCCAUCCCCUGCUGCAACACCAACCCCACAGACUCACACAAGUAUUACCACCAUACCCCAGCAACAGCCUGCAGGUAUGGUGCAAGGUGUGAUGGGUAAUGUAGGAAUGAUGCAGGGCCUGGUGCCUCAGCUGCCACUAUCCCAAGUGAUGGGGUCAAAUGGCAUGGUGCUGCCACAGUCAGGAGUUCAACAAGCUGCAACUGGAGUAAAGCAGGUUGUUUCUGGGGGACAGCUAAUACAAAUUGUAUCCUCGCCUCAACCAACACAACCCAGGCAACCUCUCACUACAUCGGCACACAAACCAAUCCAACCAAAGCAGCCUCAGUUGCUUCCAAAGCCUCCUCAAGCAGCCGUGGUUGGCCAGCCUGCUCCUCCACCUCCCGGGAAGACGCUCCUUGGCGCCCGUCCAGUGACCCCCGGAGGACAGCAGCCCAUAGUGAUAGGAACAACUGGACAGCAGCCGGCAAUGGUGGCGAGCCAGCAAGGGCUGGGAGGGUUCGUUAUUAAUCCUUCAGUCUUGCCAUCAGGUCUGCAGCAGCCCAUCCUCAUCCAGCAGCCCAAUGGUGUUCUUCUUGUCAAGCCCUCAGGACCAUCUGGGGCCAGUGGAGCACCAGGUCAAGCUCUUCUGGUACCAGUGCCAAGUCAGCAUCAAAUGUUAAGUGCUGGAGCCAAACCAGGUCAGCCUCAGACAGUGGUGUUCCCUGGUAAUGGACAAGGAGGACCAGCGUACGUCAUUCCACAGCCUGGCUCGUCAGCUUUAGGUGCUCCUGGGGUGAUGGGAGCAGCACAAGGCUCUCGAGGGCCGCAGCCCAUCAUUCGCCUGGUGGCACCUCAAGCCCCAUUACAGCUUCAGCCAAUUCAAACUCCUAGUGGACCUGCUUUAGUUGCUGUGCCAGCUGGUCAGGCAGUCAACCUGCAAGGUUUGCUAACCACUGGAGGUGCUACUAUGCGCACCCUUACCCCACAGGUAGCCUCAGGUCCUCUGCAACUUGCCCCCUCCUCAGUGGCUCCCCCCAGCAUGGCUCCUGUAGGACACAUACAAAUACCAGGAGGUGGGCAACCCAUUCAGGUGUCUGUCCCUGGAGCAACCCUCCAGCUGGCCACCUCCCUUCCUUCCUCCCUUCCGUCUGUGAUAACCACCACUAAGCAAACUGUGAUAGAUGAAUCUGUGGCUCCUGCCUCAAUUGUGACAGCUGCCGAGGUAGGAACACAGCAUCAGACUGUAACAGACUCUAGUAAAAACACUAAGAAAAAAUCUAAAAAGAAGAAAAGAGAGAAAGAAACUAAAGAUGAAAAACUCAAGGGAAAAGGUUCUUCAAUAAACUUAAAUGAUAUUCUAAGAGAGAGUGGCAUUGAUGGUGAUUUGAUGCUUUUUGAUGAACCUGAAUUAGGUUUAGGAGGGGAAGGGAUGGAGGGUGUGCAGGUGACAACCCCCGCUGCCACAGGUCAGGUGAUGGCUGUGCCGGCCAUGGUAACACCCACGUCGGUGGUGACUCAAGCUCCUGUUGUGAAUCCAGCACAAGCAGUCCCCACAGCAGACACUAGUGUCAGCUUCACUACUCCCAGUGAGAAUACAAACCAUAUCGUUGUUGGCUCCUCAAACCAGCACCCGCUGAUUGGAAUGAGCAGUGCCAUUGUCACAGGCACAGUGGUAACCAAUGCCUCUCAGACUGGAUUGUUUACCACUUCAAGCAUGCCCAGUGGAAUGAGCAUUACUCUGGAUCCAAGUGGCAAGGUUUUUUUAGGUUCAGAUCCAACAAAAGCUCACAUUGGCCCUCCGUUACCAACAGCAACUCAGGUUGGAGGGUUGGUGAUCCCUACCUGCCAGUCGCAAGUGCAGGUAAUUGGUGGAACAAAUGUGGGAUUGACUUCUUCACCAAGUAAUGUUAGCAGUGGGAGUGUGACCAAUGGCAUUGGCAGCAGCAUGCCCACCAUCAUGGCUGGCAGUGCAGGCGCUGGGAUAGUAGGACCAAACACACUGCCCGUUGCAUCCUUGCCAUCCUUUACCCAGCUUCUGACGUCCCCAACGCAAGUCACGUCAAAUGUUGUGGUCCAUGGGCAUGGCAUCACUGCCAAGAGUAAGCAGUUACAGCAAACUGCCUCCAAAUUGACACAAGUCACCUCAAAGAGUCAGACAGGGGCAGAUAUCUCCAGAGUGGCCCAGAACACCCACUUGCUGCAGGCAUUGCACCUCCCUGCCUCAGAGAAACCUUUAGCUGCCAAUGGGCAGCCUCUCUUCACAUCACUCAUAUCAGGGCCACAGGCAACAUCCACCAGCAGUGGGGAGCAGCUGGGGGUUCCAGUACAAGUCUCGGUCUCGGAUGGAGGACCCAUGCUCACGGUGGUUAGUGUUGGAGGUGUGAUGAGCUUACCUGAGGGUAUAGUUUCUACUGGUACAACUCUUUCCUCGCCAGCUCCUCUUAGCAUACUGGUGCCCAGUCAAGCUAGCCAAGUGCCUCAGAGUUCUGCUGUGAUUGUGUCUUCUAGUGCUACAAACAGUGUUGUGUCUGGUGCUAUUAUAAGCAGCAAACAUUACGUCUCCAACUCUGCACUCAUUCCACAAACUAGUGUAAGUUUUACUAAUGCAGAAAAUGUGCCAAUAUCUAAAGGUCAUUCCCAAAUUUCAAAUCCUUCGCAAGAAAAUGUUCCUAGUCAGACAAGUAAUGCUUGCACUUUUUUAACAAAAAGUAGUGAAAACCACACUAAAAUUCCUAGCUUUCAAAAUGAAUAUGUUGCAACUCUUCAGAGGGGUCAGAGUAUCAUAGACCCAAGUAAGAACAAAAGUAAAUCAAAUAAAAAGAAAAAGAAAGAUAAAGAAACAGAUUUAAUAUCUUCAGUAAAUGCAAGCACAAUUGUUGCUAAGCAGAGCUUGCAAGAACGUUUAAAAUCGGGCACGUGUACAAAUACAAGUGGAACCAUCCAGCAGCAACUGCCCUUGGCAACCAUACCGAACGGGCUCAGUGGUCCUGCCAUUAAGACUGUCUCCCACAGCCUAGGAAGUUCCACACCCACUGCAUCCCUGCCUUUGACCAUUGAAGCUGGUGGGCAUUGUGAUACUACACCUGUAGUGGGCACCAACACCCCUGCUGCUGCUGCUUCUGCUGCUGCUGUUGCUGCUGCUGCUGCUACUGCUGCUGCUGCUGCUGCUGCUGCUCCCCCCAUCACAGUCACCACUUCAGGAAUUGCAACAGCCACAGUCACCUCCCAAGCAUCAUCCACCACCACCACCGCCACCAUCACCUCGGCCACCACAUCCUCGGGGGUCAUGUUCUCUGUUCCUAAGCAACAGUUCAAGCAUGUCAAGCAACUCAUCCUCUCUCCACAAAACCAAGAGGCACUCAAGAAGGUUCAUGCCCAAAUUCAAGUUCUCCAAAGCAAGAAGACUGACCAGGAUCAUGCAGGUCUCCAGCAGCUGUAUGCCGAGUACCGCAAGAUAAUGGCAACAGGGAAGCCAGUCACCGUUGCCACCACACAACAAUCACAAAUAACUUCAGCACCAAGUCAGCCUACUCCUGUUCGUUACUCCCACCCUGUCGGACACAAGAUCAUCACACUUACUCAAUUCAAGCAGCAAAUAAAACAUUUACCUCAGGACCAACAGAGGCAAAUAAUGGAUCAUAGCAAGCAAGUGUUGCAGAGGUGCAAAGAUCCAGGCACUGCUUCCUUUUCUGUGACAUCUACGCCCACUCUGCAGACUUCCCCUCACCUCUCUCCCAGUACCCAGAUUACAGGCAGCAAUGGCUCAACCAAAAUCACUAUCAGCCAUGGGGCCAGCAUGCCCACCAUUGCCACCUCCGUGUCUUCCCCCACCAUACCCACCACCUCCACCACUGUUUCCAGCUGCAGCACUACCAGCAGCACCCUCAGCUAUGCCAAAAUAGCCUCCCCACACUGCUCGCCAGUGUCCUCCACGUCCACCAUGAGUCACCUCAGCUCGCUUGGACCGUCCCCAAAAAGCCUGGUCCAGCCAGGCAUGGUGCUGCCUCCUCAGUUUUCCCCCCAUAACAGCUCUGCAGCAGGCAUGCAGGAACACUCCCCAAGCCAACCCAAAACUGCUACAGCAUACAGCAUCACCAAGGAACAGCUUUUUGAACAUCAGCUCAAGACUGAUCAAAAUGGAGCCCUCAAUCCUGACUACAGAACUCCAUUCAAGAAUAAGAUUGAUGCCUGCAAACGUCUCAUUCGCUACCAUGUGUUCAAUGAGUGUGCUUUCACACCCUGGGAGUUAGCAGAGUCCAAUGCCCAGUAUGAGUUACAAGCUGAAACCCUUCUGAAAAAAUUUAAUAAUAUGAAGUACAAGUAUCAGUCUCUUCUAGUGAAGGACAGCAUGCGCCGCCAUGCGUCUUCAGAGACUGUGAUGCUGUAUCGGCUAUUUCUGCAAGAAGACAAAAACAAUUUUGAGAAAGAGAAGGCUGAUGUUCAGAAUGGUAAAACACUGGAAGUUCCACCAAGUACUGUUCACCAUGCCUGUAGUGAGAUUGUAAACUCUGAUGGCCUCUAUCCUUGGGAACUGGAGUGGGAAAGUCAAAAACUCUACAAAUUUGACCCAUUGAAUAAACAAGUGAAACAAGAAGUUGAAGAUGAAGAUUUAUACACUGACAGUACUCUGAAUGAUGUCAUCAAGAGAGAAGUUUUAGACAAAAGUGAGACUACAGACACUGAAGAAGUGAUAGUGGAGGAGGAGGAAGAGGACGAGGACGAGGACGAGGAAGAUGAGGAUGAGGAGGAGGAGGAGGAAGAGGAAGGGGAGCAUCAUAAGGAAAGCAAGAAGGAAAUUGGUGUUGUAGGUGAUAAAGAUCAGGCAAAAGAAGAGAAAGAAGAAGUAAGAGCAGGCAAUGAAACCAUGAACUUUAUGAGUGAGAAAGAUCUGAAUGACUUUGAUGACAGUCAAGAGGGAGAGACUUGCCUUCAUAUACACACUGGAGAUGAAGAAGAGAAAGAGGAUGAAGAGAAUACCAAGGCAGAGAAAGUAGAAGCAGAGGAAGAAGAGGAGGAGGAGGAAGAAGAAGAGGAUGAGGGUAGACUGGAGAGUCAUCUAGUCACAGAAUUUGACAGCAAGAAAGAUGAAGAGCAUUCUCCAUCUCCUGUUCAAAAAAUGAGCUGCAACAACCUUAGUGACUCUGAUAGCAUGGGGAAGGAUGGGGAGGAUGAAAAAGAUUCUGAACAUGAGGAGGAGGAGUUAGUAAUUUGUGAUGGGGAGGUUGCAUGUGCCAGUCUCAACAACAGUCCAGUGAAUAGUGACGUUACUAAAUUAGCCAGUCCCAGUCGUGCAUCCUUGAUAAACUGUGAUGACAGUGUGCUGCCCUCAAGGUUUCCUGAACAUUUGUGUGAUAAUCUUAGGCUCACAAGUGAUGCUUCUAAGCCUCUAAAGUAUGGAACUUUAGACAUUCCUAGUAACAAUUUAUGCAAACCAGUUCAUUCUCUGCCAGUGAAAACUCUAACUGAAAGAAUGGAUAAAGAUAAACGCAGGGAAAGAGUGGACAAAGAUAAGAAAAAAUCAGAAAGGACUAAAGUUAAAGAAAGAGGAAAAGACAGAGAAAAGGAAGAUAGACCACCAAAGAAACUGAAAAUUAAGUUCAAGAGCGAGGAGCGUGCCCUUGUUCCUCCUCUGCGCAUCAGGACAGAGGAACGUGGUCUCAAACUAACUUUAAAGAAACAGGAAGGUUCUGGAGCAUAUUACAGUGUGGGUGAGGAAAGAAAGAGAGAGUACAGAGUGGAGCAAAAUGAGGAUGAGGAGGAGGAGGAAGAAAUAGGGGAUAUCAUGCGACCAUUUCAGGAGGAGGAGGAGGAGGAGGUAAAUGAGGAUGGAGAGGGGCAUGGCAGUAGUCUGAAAGAAGUGAAAGUGGUGCUACAGGAUGUUUUAAAAGAUAAAAGGUUUAAAAAGCAGGUAGAGGAAAAAAGUAGCAAGAAGAGACGAAAAGAAAAAUGUGAAGAGAGGAAUGACAAAAAUGAAAAAAAUGAUAGAAAUGAUAGUUUGUACAAUCCAAAUUCUCAUUGGAUAAACUAUUCACAACAGUUGCACCCAAAUGAUGGUGAUAAAAAGUUUCCACAAAGCAUAACCCAGGAUAGCAGGACUUGGAACUGUAACCCCGGCGAGUGGAGGAAGAGUGGUGGUGAAGGUGCUUCCAAUGUUGACCAUUCUAGUGACCACAAGACACGAGACUACAGUUCCCAUUUAUAUUCAUACAGUGAGCACUACGGACACGAGUACUCUGGUCGGCAUAAUCAUUCUCAGCCAUACGGGCAUUCCGGUAGUCAGCAGAGGAAUUCACACAGCUAUUAUUGAUUUAAGGCCACUGGGUGUGUUCCAGAUGUGUAUGGUUUGUUGCCAUUUGAUUUCCAGAUAUUUCCUUCAUAUUUGCUUAAUUUCCAGAUGUCUUAUAUUACUGUCCAUCUAGUAUUGGAAAAUGAUGCGUUUGGAUGCAGAAAAGGCAUUUCUGAGGUGUUCAAAGGUGUUCACAAGUUCUAAAUUAACAGAUGAUAGGUAACUAUAUGUGGGGGAUCAAGAGUUUUAUGUUGCACAAAUACUCACACAACCUUUAGCAACAUGAGUUGACUUGUAUAUUGAUAGUUAUCAAACCUUGAUUGUUGUGGUGUAUUGAUAGUACAUUAAUUUUUUUAUAUUUUCAACUUAUGGCUGUUUGCUAUGAGUCAUCUUCCUUCUAGCUUCUUUAUGUUGAAUCUAGUCCUACUCACCUACCCUUCUGGAUGUAAAUAGCCAGGUAAUAUUUGCUCAGUAAAGAGUGUCUAGUUGGAAAGGGGAAUCCCCCGGAUUUGAUGACUCAAUUUUUAUGGUUACGUUACUUUACCGGUGUGUUUUGGUGGUGCACGGCCAGAAUGCACAGCUAAGCUAUAGCAGCAAAAAUUCUUGGGACUUUCUAAUUUGAAGGCAUCUAAGUAUGGGAAUUUAGAUAUAGCAUUUCCCAUGUGAUUGUCGAUUUCGGCAGAAACUUUUUAAUACUUAAAAACCCUGUGGUGUACCUAUGUUUCAGUAGGUGUAAAUGUUUAUAGGAUCCUGUAUUAUUUAAACCAAACAGUAAAUUCAUGGAUAAUGCCCUUAAUAAGGAAACUCUCAUUCUCAAAGUAUGUGAUCUCAAGUGUGAUUUUUUACAAGCUUGUCUCAUUUUUUCUAACUGUUGCAGUGGUAUGAAGUCCAGUUUGUGUGUACAUUUUUCUUUCCCUUUUUGUUGCCAGGUACUUAUGAAUAAUGUCCUAUAGGUUGUUGAAAUUUUCAGGGAGUCUGAGCCUAGGUACUGCUAUGAAGUGAUAAUUUUUUGGGAGGUUGACUAAUUUUUGUCACAUGGUAAUUCAUCUGCAGUGUGUUGUGCAAACACCAGUCAGUAUGUGCUGUUAUACUUUUGCCUAUUAAUAAGCAUGAUUGUUGGUUAAUACUUCUUCCAUACAUACAUGCAUUGUCAUAUCACUACAGACAUCUAUCUAUAUCUACUUAAUUACCGUAAUUCCUGCAAGGCCAUUAAUGCUGCCCUGUUAUGUGUUGUUAAAGAUACAUAAUAAGAUUAAGUUUUGGGAAUGUGGAGCACACAAGAUCUGACUUGCCACAGGUAGACUGGCUGCCUGAGGUAUAAUGAUUCCAGUGAAGGAUAUUCAAAAUUCCUUUUCAUUAUUCAAUGAAAGAUUUUCCUUUCCCUUUACUUAUGAAGAAAAAUAAUCGUAAUACAUAAUUGCCAGGAGGACGUACUGGAAUAAUUUAGUGAAAAGUAUGAAUGUUUACUCUUCUAAGUUUGUUCCAACCAAUGAUGAAUGAAAACUUUUCUGAUAGUGCUGGCAUGAAGAAUAUGUUGUAGUGGAUUGAAUCUUAUGGCUGGUUGAGGUGAGUUUUGAUGCUGAACUAAUGCUAUUAUUUGUAUUGGCAAUGGUGGCCUACCCAUGUGGCACAUGUAAUGGUCUGGACAGCCAGUACCAAAUGCAUCGAGAUAAAGCGAGUCCGCACUUAACGCAAAUGCCUUCACAUUCCAGUGUGAUGGAGAACAGCACUCUGUCUCAUGGCUUGAUUAUUGUAUGUCACAAAGAAAGCUAAGACUUGUGUUGUGUACCUUGUGUUUAUAUGAUGGAUUUUCUAUGAAAAGGUAUUGAAGUACCAUCACAAAUGACCCUUGCAUCAUAUCAUUCAGGAUUUUAUAGAAGGAAAAACUAGUUAGUGAUGCUUAAUGCCUGUUACAGAGGGAUAGUGUUUGUAACUCAACUCUACUCUCUUGUAGUUAAAGUACUGGCAAUGAUGACAAAACUAGAGCCUGGUUUGCGAGUCAGAGUGCCAGUUGGACAUCUCCACGAAUGUCUAAAGACAAAAGGUUACAUAAUUUAGUGCCACUUUUAAAUGAAACCAUACUAUGGCUGUUGUUAGUUAUUGCCCAUACUCUCCUGAGAAUACACACAUGGUGUAUGCCUUUAUUUUUUAUAUGGUAUAGGACUGAAAAGGCAUGAGCCGCUGAUGAAGCUUAUCACAUCUUUCCAGCAUCAGUGUGUGUGCUGCCUCCAAGCUUCACUUUUUAUAUUCUAAUUUGCAAGAUGGUAGAAAACCAUUGCCAAUACAAAGCACAGUAAAGAUAGGCAAACUAUUCAUAUACUGGUGCAUUAAUAAUGAGUUCAUCUUUCUUAGUAUUUGACAUGUGUCCAUCCUGUUUAAAAAUUUACAUGUAAUUUUCUCAAGUUUUCAGUAUCUCCAACAUUUCAGAAGUAGAUGAGUGGCACAAAAUUUUUUCAAUGUUACAAAGUUUUAACAAAUGUGCACAACUACACCUACAGAGUACUGCCAUUUACUAGCAAGCACCAUGUUGCCUAACUAAUGAUAAAAAAAAAAAAAAAAAAAAAUUUUUUCUUGAAUGAAUAUGGUUGCUUGAUCAUUAUAAAUACUAAAAAAUACAGGAUGACUGAAAUUUCAAGGCAAUUAAUUACGUAAUGGUAAAUGGCCUGACAAGAUCUCUGGAUGUCUUGCCAUUAAUUGUUUAGUAAUACUUCAUUAUUAUUGUAAACCAGUUUUUUUAGGUAAAGCCAUGAAUGUUCCCAGAAACUCAUCAAUUGAAGACCAUCACAGCUUGACCAGUUCAGUACUAUUAUUGUACAGACACAUGAAUGCAAAAUAUUCACACACUAGCUGAGAAAUGUUAUUACUUCAUGCAAUGAGCUCAGACACUUGACAUAUCAUGGUUAUAAUGCAGCCAUACCAUGAAAAAUAUUUAUGAUGCCUCUAUGUGGUAGCACUCAUCCAUGUUGAACCAGUUCCUUAAAUAUCACACAUUUCAUAUUUGCAUUAUGAAGAAUGCUUUGGGAGAUCAUGAUAAAUAAUGCUUCUAGUAAAUGAAAAUCAAAUAAAGGUGUGUGUGUGUGUGUGUGUGUGUGUGUGUGUGUGUGUGUGUGUGUGUGUGUGUGUGUGUGUGUGUGUGUGUGUGCGUGCGUGCGUGCGUGCGUGCGUGCGUGCGUGCGUGCGUGCGUGCGUGUGCGUGCGUGCGUGCACGCGCAUAGUAUAUAUACAUGCAUUGUUCAAAUCUUGGUGUUCUCUUGGCAGCUAUGUACUAUCAGUAAGCUUCAGCUGGCUCUUUCAUGUGAACAAGAUAAAAGAUUGCAGUACAGUAUGGCAGCAAUUUUCUCAUGUGGUUAAUUUCACCUUUAUGUUUUCUGGAGGUAUUUGUGAAUGAACUCCUUUAAAAGUACAAGUAAUGUAUGCCCAAAACAGUGAACCCCUGAACGUGACAUUUUGAUGACAGUAGUAACAUUCAUACCACACUCAACAGUAAAUUUGAGGUUUCAUUUUUCACCUAGGUUUAUAUUUUUUAUUUUAUACUACCUGUCCCUUCCAAGCAAAGAACCCAAUGUAUACUUCAACACGACGAUGAUCAUAAGUAUUUGUGAACUUUGUUGAUAUUUUAUCGUUAAUUUAAUAUUCUGCACUUUCUCUAAUUUUGUGCACAUGCUCCCCCAAAUUGGAGUAUGUAUGAUGACACAGACAUCAAGAAUUGGUAGAGGAACCAUAGCACUCGCACACCCAAAUUGUGAAAAUCCUAUUGAUGUAAGCAGCAUUAGUUUAUAUUAGCACAUUACAUGCUAAUGUAAGGUACAGUGGUGCACAGAUCAACUCGUCAUAGCAGCAUGUGCAUCACACAGUCAUCUGUGGAUGAGCACUGCUCUGCCUGGAGUCAGUUCUUGUGGGGAAUUACACUAAUGGUGCUCCUUUGUAAUUUAAUAUUCUGCAAAAGGAAGUUUAAUGGAAUUUGAUUCACCAAAAACUACAUUAAAAAUAUUGUUUCUAUUUGACAUACACAGUUAGCACCAUAACUAUGAUUUUGUAUACCUAUAGGUGCAUAUACAGGAAUUACCAAUUAGGUUUCCAUUCAGUGACAAAAUAAUUCCAAACUUUAUGGUCAACUAGAGACAGAUUUUAGUUACUCCUUGCAGUCAGCAAUGCCUGUUGUUUUGAGGACUAAUCCAUUUUUCCCUUGUGAUUUUACAAUCAAACUGUGCCAUAUCCACCACUACCCUCCCAUGUUCUUAAACACACACACACACACACACACACACACACACACACACACACACACACACACACACACAUUUUCACUUGCUCAGAGUCAGUUCUUAUUUUUCUGAAGUUAGCAUGCAUUGAAAUAUUUCCAUGGAGUUAAAAUGUCCCAAGAGGUGAUUUCUCAAGGGUUUUAUGGGGACUAUCCAGUGCCUUUUUUGAAGAAAAUUUGUUCUGUCAUUAUAAGUAUUUUGUGCUGUAGUUCUGUGUAUAAUAUUCGUAUGUCAUGGAUACUUUUCUCUUCAUUUGUUGUAUUACAUUUGGCAGUGGUGAGAUUUGAAGUGUUGAGCAAAACAUGCUGAAAUGUUUAUUUCUGCUCUAGACAAACAUAACAAAUGGAGAAACAUAUUUUCAGUAAUUUAUUUUUUAUACCUCAUAAUGUUGUUGAAGUUCAAAUGGAUUUUUAUAAUUUCUUUUUCUUUUUGUGUUUUUGUUGGAAGGGACCUAUGUUUGUCUCUCAGGGUCCAUUAAGUAUGGUAAACUCACAAUAUGUGAUGACUAAAUGUAUCUUUUAAUAAUAAAACAUUAAAUAUAUA